AUGGACAUUAGUCCUUACAUUUCAAAGAAAAAACACUUCAAUAUUGGUCAUAUUGAAGCAGCAGCCAUAGACAUGCACCGAGGCAACCAUCCCCAACACAGUAGUCACACGUCAACAAGCCGUUCUUCUGAUUCCAGCGAGCCAUGUGAGGAUGGAAAAUGGGCCUCAAAACUUCUGAGGGAGUGUGCUAAAGCAAUAUCAGAGAGAGACUCAAGCAAAAUCCAACAUCUUCUAUGGAUGUUAAACGAGCUCUCUUCUCCCUAUGGUGACAGUGAUCAGAAAUUAGCUUAUUACUUCUUGCAAGCUCUAUUUUGCAAGGCCACAGAAUCUGGCCUAAGAUGCUAUAAGACUCUCUCCUCAGUUGCUGAGAAAAACAACAACUUCGAUUCAGCAAGAAAGUUAAUACUCAAGUUUCAAGAGGUAAGUCCUUGGACAACUUUUGGACAUGUGGCUUCAAAUGGUGCCAUAUUAGAAGCCUUAGAAGGAGAGACUAAACUUCACAUAAUUGAUAUUAGCAACACCCUUUGCACUCAGUGGCCUACUCUUUUGGAAGCCUUGGCCACAAGAAAUGAUGAAACUCCUCACUUGAAGCUCACGGUUGUUGUUGUAACUGCCAACAUAGUAGGAUCCGUCAUGAAUGAAGUUGGACAAAGAAUGGAGAAGUUUGCAAGGCUAAUGGGUGUUCCCUUUGAAUUUAAUGUGAUUAGUGGGUUGAAUCAUCUAGGAGAGCUCACAAAAGAAGGGUUAGGAGUUCAAGAAGAUGAGGCUAUUGCUGUGAAUUGUAUUGGGGCAUUGAGAAGAGUUGAAGUUGAAGACAGAGAAGCUGUGAUUAGCAUGUUCAAAUCUCUUAGUCCAAGAGUGGUGACAGUUGUUGAGGAAGAAGCUGAUUUUUGCAGCUCAAGAGAUGACUUUGUGAAGAGUUUUGAUGAGUGUCUUAAGUUUUACACACUCUACUUUGAGACGCUAGAGGAAAGCUUUCCCCCAACAAGUAAUGAGAGAUUGAUGUUAGAAAGGGAGUGUUCAAGGAGCAUAGUUAGGGUUUUGGCUUGUAGUAGUGAUGAAUUUGAAGAUGGUGAAGGUGAUUAUUAUUGUGAGAGAAGGGAGAGAGGAAUCCAAUGGUUUGAAAGGCUUAAGAAUGCAUUCACCUCAAUUGGAUUCAGUGAUGAUGUUGUUGAUGAUGUCAAAGCAUUGCUCAAGAGGUACCGAGGAGGGUGGUCACUUGUGGUGCCUCAAGGAGAUGAUCAUCUCUCAGGAAUUUACUUGACAUGGAAGGAGGAACCAGUAGUUUGGGCAUCAGCAUGGAAACCCUAG